UUCACGCUGGAAAUGCAGCAUUGAAUCGCCCGAGAAAGAGAAAAGGAGAAAAAUGGCGAGAGCAGCUCUGCUUCAGUUGCUCAGAUCCCAAUCCAAGCAACUCUCUCGUAAAAGUUUCUACUCAGGCAAUCACUAUAGUAGGGUUGGCACAAGGACAGACAUUCCAAACAUCAAAGACAAUGUCAACCCUUUCCCUCAAUUUGCUGCCAUCGGACAAAGAUGGUCAUCACAAGCCACAGCAACUGAAGGUGACAACAAGAUCAGCAUUGGGCCACGCAGAGGAGAAGCUGAGAAAGACGAGAAAGAGACGGGUAUUGUUUACUAUGGUCCAAUCUCAUCCACCAUCAAGAAAGUAAAGAUGCUCUCUCUUUCGACUUGUUGUCUCUCUGUUUCUUUGGGCCCUGUCAUAACCUUCAUGACAUCCACGGAUUCAAAUGUGAUUCUGAAAGGUGCAGUUGCAUCAUCUGUAAUAUUCUUCAGUGCUUCAACCACUGCCGCCCUUCAUUGGUUUGUUAGCCCUUACAUUCACAAGCUCAGGUGGCAACCAGGUUCAGACAGCUUUGAGGUAGAGAUGAUGUCGUGGCUGGCAACCUACAUUCCUCGGACCAUCAAGUUUGCCGAUAUUCGACCGGCAGAGACCAACAGGCCCUUUGUGACCUUUAAAGCCAACGGAAGUUUCUAUUUUGUGGAUGCAGAGCACUGCCAGAACAAGGCUUUAUUGGCCAGAUUGACUCCGCAAAAAGCUGCUCAUGAGUCUGCUUUUAAGAACUUGUAGCACAUUCCUGUAUCAAAUGGUUGACCCAAACUCGAAUGAGGUUUUUGCUGGAUUUUCUUCCCCACCAAUCGUCUUCUUUGCCUGCUUGGUGAUAGAAAAUUUUUCUGAACAGUAGCAAGUACAUCCAUGGUUGAGAAGGUCAAGUGGGAAUCUUUUGUGAUAACAGGGGAUUUUGUUUGGAGUAUUCAAUAAAAUUUUCUGACUUGUUUUAUUAUGAUUUCUUAAGUCUA